CAAGAGCUUCACUCGAAAAGUUUUAUUGCCGAACAGCUCAUAUUAUCAGGGGAAAAUUUGCUGACUUUGUGCUUCAACAGCCAUGAAAGAAAGACAAUUCAUCGUAGUAACCUUGAGAUGUCUAUUUGGCUAGUGAACUGAAGGUUAAGUGCGAUGAAAAUGUCUUGUUUUGGGAGUAAUACCGUUUGGUUUUGUCAUGUUUUAUUGCUCGACGAAAGUGAACAUCCAGUGGAGAUUAGAGUAAGUGAGCAAACUUUUUGAGUGGAUCCCUAAAGUGAUCAACUUUCUUGUUUUAAGUUUACUGUUUACUUAGAGCCAGUGCUUGUUUUAUCUAUACUCUUCAAUCGUGUUUGGAAGAACACGACUGAAGCGCGAACAAGGCCUUUCUUGAUGAGAAAAAGCUAAAGUGGUUCGAGUUAAGUGAUUCCCAGAGCCGAUAUUUUUAGCAGAUUAUUGGAGGGCUUUAUCUCAUUUUUUAUUGAGAGUCCGACUGUCUUUAAGUGGUGGAAACCUUAAGGUAUUUCCCUCAGUGGAAUUAAAAAAGAGCCAAGCUUUUAUCAAGAUCAGCAUGCGUGCGGCCGUGUUGUUUAAGCUGUUCUUUAUGAGUUAUUUGUCAGCAUGAGCGAAGGAUUUCAUACUCGAUAAUGUUUACCUGCAGCUUUAACUUAUACAAGGUACUUAUCAACCUUUUGUCUUUUGUAGCGUCCACUAUUCCAUAUAAUUUUAUAAAGUUCCAAAAAGGUCGAGUUUCCUUCGCUUGUGUUUCGGAUAUUUCGUUUAUUAUGGGCUUUGGAAGUUUAGCAUGCAGAAAAUUCCGUCCCGCGAUAACAUCUCGACUGUGUAUCCAUGCGGGAUUAAAAUUACAUGGCCUAAUAUAUCACGUUUCUCAGCUUUUUGUUUGUUAGUAAGUUGUGUGUAAUUUCAUGAACAUCUCCUCCCGUAUUUUUAAGCGAAGAAAGUUAUUCAAUAGCAUUCAAGCCAUUUUUCAGCUUAUAGAAUUAUUUGUUCUUUCGUAUUCUUAAAUUGAUUUAUAUCGCUGGUAUAUAAUAAAAGAUCCUUUUGCUUUGAUAUUUCCUGAGAGUUGGUAACUGUCAAUAGUAUUUUUUUCCGGUGAAAACGCUUUCAACUUUUUAAAACCAGAUUUGUUGAUAUUUUUCAACCUCUCAUGAAUUGCAAUUUACAGCUGCGGUAAAGAUCAAGAGAUCAUGAAAUCAAGCGAUGAACAAUCACGCUAAUGAUCACCGGUUGAUUUCUAAUGACUCUCCAGUGAAUGAUUUAGAAUAAUACGGUCUUUUAGCUUGUGGUGAAAAGUCCUGCUGUUAAUUUAUACGAGUUGAAGUGUGGUUCAGGAGCAUUUUCAUUGGUUUAACAUCCAUUCCAGCUACUCAUGCUGAAGGCAAUGUUGCGAGGAUAGUAAUUACACACAAAAAAAGCCGGCUUGAUAAUUAGUGCCGUCUUUUAAAAAAAGGUUUUCUGCGGGUCAGCGUAAUAAACAGGAAAGGGUUUCCCCUAAUAACAAAUAAUUUGAAAACUGUGGUACUAACAAAAAAAAAAUUGAGUUCAAACUACUUUCAAGAACCCUGUUUUGUGUUAAAUGUCAUAUUUUUAAGAUUGUUGAUUGUUGACUGACAGUCAGAUGGCCCUGUGCACGAGAUAUUAUACUGGUUGCUUUCCGUAAAGACAGUUAUUAUUUAUUGUUUUACUCUAUUAAAAAGCAUUGCUGUGUCAUUGUGGUAGUUGACACAAAAUUUUAUUUCAUGAAAUUUAUUUACCAGCUUACCCAGCUUACCGGUAAGCUUAAUCCAAAUUAAUGGCAAUUUAAAUUUGCAAAAAUUCUUCCAAAUGUUGACAAAGCCACAUGGCAGCAAAUGCCAAAUGACAGUUGUAAAGAUUAAUGGAUUAAAGGAAAGAAAACUUCCUCUUUGUAUACCAUGAGUCAUCUUUGUUUUGUAGGACAGACUGUAAAAAAUAAUUUUUUAGCACCUGCAAUAGUUAGAAAUAGCAAUUUAUUUUUUGACAUGAAGACCAAAGGAUCAUGUACUGACUUAACUGACAAUUAUGAGUACAAUAGGAUCUCAGGACCUUUGGGAGAAUUCUUCAUGGGUUCAGGGUGCAAAGAAGGUCAUUUUUACAGCUUGCCAUUCGGGCAAGCUGAAGCCAACAUUUACUAGCCCAAACAACAUUUAAACUAGGGCCACAAAUGUUUUGAUGAGCAGAUUGAUUUCACGGUUCUUCUGUAAUUUGAAUUCCUCAAAAAACUCCACUUGCCCAUUGGACAAGUUAAUAACAAAAUUCACUAGUCCGAUAGCAAAAUCUACCAGCCUCAGGCUAUUGGACACUAAUUUCUUUGCACGCUGGGGUUUGAGUAUGCAUUUUGUGUGUUUAAAAGCAAAUUUAUUCAAUUUAAGCACCCAGCCUUGAAUAAGCCCCUACCUCAAGUAACUGCCCAUCCUUUUUGCAGGAAAAGUUAAUAAGCACCCAGCCUCGAAUAAGCACCCACCCCUGACCACCCUUGAUGAAGAAAAAUGGCCUUGCUGACAAUUUGAUUGAAAUAGACUUAGUUCCACAAAGAGUUAUCCCUCAAGACCAAGUUUUCUAAGUAUUUUAAAGAAACUUUUGGUUGGAUUUUGUUGCAAAAUAAAAAAACUAUUAUUGAAAAUUUCAAAAAUUUAAUACAUUUACAGCUGCGUAAUUAAGAGGCCCUUAUAGGAGGGUAAAUAUGUCCCCUUAUUUUGAGGAGUAGACCAUGUCCCUGUUGGUAUUUAACCAAUCUUUAUGUCGUUUGUCACCAUUACAUCCCGUCUUAUGUAUAUGUUACAGGUCAAAUUUGAUUUUAGGUUAAAAUUUAUUUAACGUAGGUUGAUUCCCAAUUUUCUUUGUCUCAUGAAUAAUUAGGGCUAGGAGACAAAGGAAAUAAUUUGAGAAUCAACGUGGGUUAAAUAAAUUUUAGCCUAAAAUCAAAUUUGACCUGUAACAUACAUGUACAUAUGUCGCUUGUUGGAAAUUUUACCCUAACAUGGCCCCAAUUAAGUGACCCAUCUGUACCUUAGGCUUAAGCUUUCCAUGAGGGGGCAUUUCUGUGCUUCAGGCUUGUUUUACUUAAUAAUAAUUUAGUACUUUAGUGUCUGUUCAUAUUCUUUUUUACAGUCUAAGAGGGAUAAAAAUGUAUCUUGCUACAUUAAACUAUCCACUCAUGGAGACCAAAUAAAUAAAGAACUAUAUCAUAUAAAAAAAUAUUAUGUAGAACAGUGGUAGACAUGUCUACUAUUUUUGGUAUCUUAAACUCCCUAACACAUUGUUUUAUCUGUUUAGAAAAAGACGAAAGGGGAAGAAGUCCUAGAGAAGGUGUUUAAACAUCUUAAUGUAAUUGAAAAAGACUACUUUGGCUUGCGUUAUAUUGAUCGGGAUAGUCAAUCGGUAUGAUACUCUUAAUUUAUUGGUCUUUGUCAAGUGUGGAUUAAAUGAAUUCAGGUUCUUUUAAAAUGCCAUUUUCCUUCUUUUUAUAGGAUACUAUUUUUUUGAAGAAUUCACUCCUUCUAUAUUUUGGUCAAUGAGGGAAUUUUAGAAAAUUCCUGUGUUCUUUUAGGAUCCAAAUUAUUUUGCAGUAAGGUUGAUCAAAAAUCAACACCACCAUUGAUUGUAAUUUUUCUGGUGCUUUGUCUUUUUGCCGAAGGGCAUAUUUUCAAGGCUUUGUUCACUCAUGGGAAAUUUAUCUUGUCUUAUCUUAUCAUGUGCUGUUUCUAUAUUUGUUUACAUUAAUUUGUUGCUUAUUUAUGCUCCAUUCUGAUUGGCCAAAAUCUGACAGCUGUGUCGAUGGGUAGCCACAGGGGGCACUGGAGGCAGAAUUCAAAUUCUCAAAGGUGCCUGCAAGCUCUCCCUUCCUUUUUUGCCCUGCUGCAGGAGUGCCCCAGGAGAGCUUGCUCGCAGGCUAGCUGGAGCGGGAAAGAAUGCAUGUAUGCCUUAUAAAGUCUAAGCACAGUGUCACUGUCAGUAAAACUCCUAAUUGUAUGCAGGGUGAUUAUCUUUGCUUGAAUUUUACUAAUUAAUAGGAUAAUUAUUAUAUAUUGAAACUCCCAGCAACUUAAAUCCAAUGAUCAAUGGGACAGAUUUUGAAAACCAUUAUGUGGCUGCAUAAUGAGUGGUUAAUUCUCUGUGUUCAAUCAGAUUGAAAAAUUUUUCAUUUCAGACAUUAGUUUUGAGUUCAUAUAAAAGGAAAACUGAGUUUAAAGAAAUUUUUUCUACCUCCCAUGAAUGCAGACAUGAAUGACCUGAUGUUGACCAGCGACUAAAAGAUUCAGUUUUUAAAGAAUGAAAUUAUUAAGGGAAUCUACACGUAUAGGUGUAUGCUUGGUGAGACUGGAACUGCUACUCAUUUUCUUUAAAUUUUUUUAUUUUUUGUAGCGAUGGUUAGAUCCCUUGAAGCCCGUGGUCAAGCAGUUAACAGGUUAGAGUCAUGUAAUUUUUAUUAACUUUUGUUGGUCCAAACCCUCUCACUGCCAAAAGCGGCCAAAGUAAAAUUCAAUGGCAGUUCCAAAUGCCAUGAAAUUGUAAAAUGGAGAAAAAGAAAUAAUACCAUGUAAAAAUACUGGUGAAGGGGAUGAAUUUGAAUGGUAACAACCAGAGAUUUCAUCUACAGACUCGAAUGUUAUAACCACUUCAAAAGGUAAGGUAAAAGUUAAAGGUGCACAUGAGCCAAAGGCCCAAAUGGCCAGAGCUUAUCCCGGUUUUCUUAGCCUGAAGCAUGCUUAGGAGUGUUGUUACUCCCCCCUGGAUGGGAUGCUAGUCCAUCGCAGGGUUAUCCCCCAGCAGUAUGUUACCAGUACCCAUUUAUACAUCUGGGUGAAGAGAGACAAAGUGGAGUAAAGUUCCUGGUCUAAGGAAACAAUGCGAUGGGCAAGGCUUGAACCCCAGACCUCCAGAUCCGGAGUUCGAGGUGUUAAUCACACACAUCUCCACAUAAAGACUCCAUCAUAAAUCUUUUGAGGGUGAAAGAGCUAACAAACAAAACAGUUUCAGAAGUGUUGUUGUGACUUGUUGUUAGUUACUUGGAUCCCAUUUAUUAAAUCUGUUUCAUUCUUAUUUAAAACUCUUUUCUCUCUCCAGCUGGUCCUCCUUAUUUACUGUAUUUUUGUGUCAAGUUUUAUGCAGCAGAUCCUUGUAGACUACAUGAGGAAGUUACCAGGUAAGUGACCUCCUUUUUAGGCUUUGUUCGCACUUAACCAGAUAGUUUUUGCUGUCAGCAUGAAAAACAUACCGGACAGCGCUUCUUUUCACACAUAAGAAGGCUAGGUGAUUUUGGUGCUAAUUCUGUAACAGAGUGAAGCUGUAUGGUGCCAUUCUCUAAAGUGGAGAGUCACAUAUUGGGUAGGUGUUCAUACUACGCUAGUCAACGUUUUGUGUUGGCACCGAAAGCUAUCUGUUAUAGUGUGAACAUAGCUUCAGACUGCACAUGCAUUUAUGGUGUAUAAAUAUGUGAAUGGCAAACAUGGCAUCUCAAGCUUCCUCCUUCUCCAAAACAGCUUUCAAUCCACUUGAAUUUAUUGGGAAGUUAGACAAUUUGUCACACUGUUCUUCAAAAAACUUCACUUGCCCAUCAGCCAAUGUAAUUCACUAGCCUGGUCACAAAAUCCACUAGUCCUGGGUUAUCAGACACGACUUUCUUUGCAGCCUGUACAUGCACUAUCUCAAGAAUUUGUGCCUAUCCAAUUAGGGUAAUAGGGUUAAAUUUGUAUAUGUAGUAGGACUACAUGCUGUCCAAUUUGGAAAUAAUUGGAUGAAAAAAUUCCAUGGACAGCCAAAAUUGGAGGAGGCCAUUGCGAUUGUGGGCAUAUCUUCGAUACAAAUUACGUCAGUGUGAUCAAACAUUUUCCCUGUGAGAUAGCCCAUAUAAAAAACCACAAUAAAACAGACAUCUGCUGUCAUAAAACGACAUUCACAGCAACAAGAAGCCAAGAGUCUUGGCUGAUGAAAUGCCAUCAGCCAACAAGAAUUUUCUGACACGUUGUCACAGGAACUUUAGCUGAUUUGCUAGUUUGUUUUGCCAAUUGUAUUUUCUGGCAUUUGAUUGGCUCAGACCAACUGUCCUAUUUUUCUAAAAUUGGACUGUUUGCCUAUUUUCAAAGGAAAGUUGUACACAUGCAUCUGAAGCUACCUAAAUUUAUCCUUAAUUGGACAGUUUGUUAAAGAUAAAGGAUAAAAGCUAUGCCGACAGUAUCAGAUUAACUACCAGCUAUAUAAUUAACUGGGCUUGCCGUAGGCUGGCCCAGUUUAUAAAAUACCUUUGAUUUUCUCUCGAGGAGGGGGGGGGAGGGGUAUCACUAGCAAUUUGUGGUGGGGGUGUGUCAACUCAUUCUCUCAAUGCUGACUGUAGACUCUAUUUCAGAUCAAUAUUUGUAAGGCAAAUGUAAGCAAGUACCCACCGAAAUGUUUGGUUCAGUAAAUGGCCUCUAUCAAUAAUUAACCAAGCAAUCUGGGGGCGUAUUCCUGGGAAUUUUUUGUGGGGUGUGUUGUUUAGUUUGCCAAAUCUUUACUCUAGAUUUUAUAUCAGAUCAGUACCUUUAAGGCAAAUGUAAGGGAGAUUAGGGGAGGGGUGCGUGAGAAUAACGCUUAUUGUUUCCUGCUUAGAAUGGCUAACUUGGAAUUUGAAAAGUUACCGUUCAGCUGUGACUUUAAAAUGGUACUCUCUUUUCUUGUUACGAAAGUGUUCCAAAAUGGUGCAAUGUUCAAAUGAGUUGAUGUUUAAUUCUCACAUGAGAUGCUAUGCCACGCAAUGGUCAGCGACAAGGUUAUGUGAUGCAGUACCCUCUCCCCCACGAAAAAUUGCUUUUGGCGGCCCAGUUAAAAUCAUUUUUUGGCGAUUCUUGUUAAUUAAAGCUAAUGGUUGUAACAUGUGGCUUAUUUCUAAUGCUGAAUACUUUGUUGUUUAUUUAACUGUAUCAUUCUGAUUUUUUUUAGGUAUUUGUUCUUCUUACAAGUAAAAAAAGACAUUUACCAGGGAAGGUAUGUUUGCAUCUCAUAGAAGUUAUCUUAACUCUUUUAUUGGUUGACUGCAAGUGGUCUCUUUUUUUGUUGCAAAUUUACUGCACGCAAAAGUCAAGCACGCGAGCAUCUUGUCCCAAUCCCUUUUUGUAUCAGUCAUAACGUCGUUGUUAGCAGUUGUGCUGGCUGAGAUAAGAACUAGAUGGAUUUUAAGAGAAUUAAAGGUGGGCUGCAAGCAGUCUAUUUUAUUGGAUACCUAUAAUUAAAUUUAAAUGAACUUCAAUAUCUCGAGUUUUUGCAUUUUUAUCAUGGCUUUUUGUUUAUUUUUUAAGGCUACCUUGUGCAACAAACAUCCUGGCAGAACUUUCAGCAUACAGCAUUCAGUGUAAGUGGGAUUAUUUGGCAAAAUGAAAUGUAAUCUUAACAAUCGUUAUAUGAACUACCCUUAUUGUGUCAUGACCUUAUUGUGUCAUGAGCUCACUGUUGCUCAAAUCAUUUACAACACAUUACAAAACCUCUAAUAUGACAUUCAUUUGAGUUCCAGUUUGAAUGUAAAUUUUGACGAAGUGUUAAAAAAUUAAAUGAAUAAUUUAUUACCUGUUAAUGUAUUUAUCCUAAAAGUGCUAAUUGAUGAAUGAUAUGUCCCCUUUGCCCAAAUUCAAGAUGAUGACCUGGAACUUUUUAAAUUGCUGGAGAUGGGGCCAUGAUUUUUAUGUGCUCUUCCACACCUCACAGUGAUCUAGCUGUUUGAAAGGCAAAUGUAUCAGGGUUGGAAAAAACUUGCAUUCAAGAUUGUCCUUUGGGCAAGUACCUCUCUCAUUUUGCUUGCACAGGGCCAUCUCUUGCUCGUCUAAAUAAAUGAUUUUGUUAGAGGGUGACUUGCCAGGACCCUUACCCAUUGGGCAAGUAAGCUUUAAUCCUUUAAGUCCCAAUAGUGACCAACAUCCAUUUUCUCCAAACAAUAUCCAUACAUUGUUAAGAGAAAUGGUUAUGAGAAUUAAUGUCAUGAACACCUGUGAAAAAUGCUUUGAUCUUUUAUCAAAAUCUCUCAACUAAUCCUUAAGGAAAUGCAAGGAGUUCAGUCGGGAGAAUUUGAAUAUGUAUAUUGGGGCUUAAAGGCAGUCAAACCCUGUUAACUCGGACAUCGAUGGGCCGUAGAAAGUGUCCUUAUUAAAGGGAGUUUGGGUGUAUUAAGUGGGUUGAAUUUAGAGGAAAUGAAUGGGCUUUCUUUCCUUAGGGACAAAGCUAACUGUCUGUAAUAAUGAGCUGUCUGAAUAAAGCAGGUGUCUAUAAAGCGUGACUUGACUGUACAGUCAAAUGUGUGUACAACAGUCACCCUUGGGAAAUGGCAAGGUGACGGUUAUUUACAGGGUGACCGCUCCAUCAGGGUGCAAAGAAAGUCAUUUUUACAGCUUUCCAUUCGGGCAAGCAGAAGCUAACAUUUACUAGCCCAAAUAUCAAUUUCAACUAGCCCCAAAAACAUUUUGACGAGCAGAUUGAUUUCACAGUUCUUCUGUAAUUUGAAUUCCUCAAAAAAAUUCACUUGCCCGUCGGGCAAGUUAAUAACAGAAUUCACGCGCCUGAUAGCAAAAUCCACUAGCUCCAGGCUAUCAGACGCUACUUUCUUUGCAUGCUGUCGAAAUAAGGCCGUUAUACACAUGUGUGACUGUACUUGCCCAGCAAGAAAAUGUACUUGUCCUAGACUAGUGAAGCCCUGAAUAUAUACCUUACUUCUUACUUAUUUGAAGUCGCUGAGUGUUGGUUUGGCCCUGGGUAUCAAACCUGCAAUCUUCUGCUCUGCAGUCCAGCUCUCUUCCAUCUAAGCUAUUCGUCCUGUGGUCUGUAUAAAAGAGAAGUGAGGCACAUGUAUUCAAGUAUUCAAAGUCUUCUUUGUUUGAUAUUAUUUUCAGCUGAGCUUGGAGAAUAUGAUCCUAAAGAGCACACAAUGGGUUAUGUAUCUGAGUUUAGAUUUAUUCCCAACCAGGUAUGAAUAAUAAAUAAUAGUCAUGUUAGUAGUUAAUUUUUAAAUUAUUUUACUCCCAGAAGAAGCAAAAGUCAAAUUUCAACAAAAUCUCUAAAUUUCAUUUGGUAAAUUCUGAAAAGCAAUAAGUAGCUUGGGAAAGAAGUGCCCAAAGAGAUUUAAGACUCUAUCAUUCAACCUGGGAGUGAAGUGGUUAUAUCAACUCUUGCACUUACGUAACUGAAAUAGAGAAAAUUUGGACUCCUAACACUGAAUACAGAAAUAGCACUCUGUCAGUUCUGUAGGUCGUCAGUACAUCUUUGUCUUUUGUUUUAGUUUAGUUCCUUAACUCUCUAUCUCGCUUCUAGAGAUGGCCAAGAUAAAAAGGGACAGUUCAUUAUUUAUGGGGAUGACUGAGUCAGAAAGAAAGCUACUGAGUUUUGAGAUUUUUUUCCCUCCAAAGUGAUGGUGGUUAUGCAUUUUCCUACCAAAAAGUGACCAGAUUAUGUUAAAGUGCUGGAUAAACUUAAGACUUUGUUAAGAAAGCGACAGUUCUUCAGAAUAAACAAAACAUGGAAAAUAAUAAACAGCGGUAGUCCCAGACGUUCACAUUAAAAUGAAAUUUUUAUACCUACUCCAUUCUUUAAUAUUUCAUGCUUGAAUGUUUCUUACAUGUGGGCCAUAGGACGUAUCAGUAUGGAAUUUCUGCAGUACCUUGGGAAAACAGCUGUAUCUCCUCACUUCUCUCUGCUGGAGAUGCUUCACGAGGAGGAACGUCUGCAAUUCAGCAACAGAAAUUCUAUACUGAUAACGUAAAAUCUGUUUGGAAUCCAAUCAUAAGCUCUGAUUGGAUGAUGGAGUAGUAACAUUGUUUUAGCUAUUGUUUUCGAAUUGAGAGACAAAAGGCUACAAAGGUCAAAUAGCACCACUGGGAGAAAGUAAAAUUGAACAAAUUUGCAUUUGGAACCCCAUGACAACUGAAAUUAUUAUGUAAACAUUGAUUUAUGUCAUCAGUAUGGAAUUUCUGUGGCUGAGUCGCAAACGUUCCUCUUUGCAAAACGUCCCCAGCAGCAAGGAGCCAAGAGAAACGGUGGAUUUAAAAGGCUAUUUCUGCAGUUGUUCCUCUGGUGUCAUUUUGCAGGGAAACUAGUGGUGGCGUAGCAAAAUGUUGGCUAUUUUCUCAUGCUAACUCUUGCGCUGACUUCUCUACAACGGCUAUUUAUCUGGACUGUCCCCACAGUGAUAUUAUGUAAUGUUAUGUUGAUUGUCUCUUAGAGUGAAGAACUAGAGAAAAAGAUUUUUCAUCAACACAAGAAGCUUGGGUAAGCUUAGUUAUAUUUUAAGAAAAUGCUUUUGAAACUCCUUGUUAAUAUUAUUGAUUAAGAGGAAACAAAGGACAAUCAGCCUUAAAAACAGCUUUUAAUUUACAUGGAUUUCUUAUGAAGUUAAACAAUGACAGACGAUUCCCGAUAACUCGAACCCUUGCUAACUCGAACCUCACGCUAACUCGAACCAAAAUCAAUUUCCCCUGGAUUUCCGUCAUACAUUCACUGUAAUUUUACCCUCAGUAACUCGAACCCUCGAUAACUCAAACUCCCGCUAACUCGAACCAAUUUUCGUUUCCCCUCAGGUCAUUUUCUAUAUAAUUUUACCCUCGAUAACUCGAACCAUGUUUUGAGCUCUUAGAAAGUCGGGAAAAAAGCCGUCUACUGGCGUCCGAAACAUUGAAUUUUGGAUUUCCUAUUGAUGUGUUGUAGGAGUGUAGUUUACUAGUGGAGGCUGAUGUUGAUUGUCACAGGCUAACGUGAAGCAGCUUCUCUUCUCAAAACAGUAAAACGCAUGCUCUAUUUAGGCUAUGUUUUGCUAAGUUACGUUCUGAUUUAUAAUCUAGAAGUAUCUUUUAAUUUUUUACUUGACAUUUCUACAAUUAGAUGUGAUUAAGAUGUUCACUGUGCAGUAAAAACUGUUUUUUACCCUACUCUCGGCUAUUUUCUUCGAACUCCCAAUAACUCGAACUCCCGAUAACUAGAACUCCCAAUAACUCGAACCUUUUUUCGAUUUCCCUUGAAGGUUCGAGUUAUCGGGAGUCGACUGUAUCUCUCUUCAUUACUUCUCUAAGUAAACAUCAGAAUUCACUAGCCUGAUCACUUAAUCCAUUAGCCCUGAGAUAUUGUACACAGUGUCAUUUGCAAGGUCUUGAAACUUGCUUCUUAACCAAAACUCCAACAAGCAGACACUGCUUGCAACUUACUGCUUACUUGACAAAAACCCGUUUGGAUAUUUAUUAAUCUUUUUGCUGAAUGAGCCAUUCCUGUAAGUGGUGGUUAUCAACCAUAUUUCCUUUCUUAGGCCUAUGGUUCCAUCUGUAGCAGAGUUUAUGUAUCUUGAUAAAGUCAAGUGGCUGGAAAUGUAUGGAGUUGACUUACAUCCAGUCAAGGUUUGGUGCUGUUUUUACAAUUCUAGAAUACUUACUGAAAUCCUCUAUUAAGCCCCAUGUGGGGCUUAAGGUGAGGUAUGAGGGGUGGGGGAAGGGGCUUUGUAGAGAUGGGGGGGCUUAUUUAAUUUAGCAAAGACGAUGGUAUCAGUUCUCUCAAGAGCCCAUCAUGGUUCUCUAUAAAGAACUAGAAUGCAAAAUAGAAAAGCUAAAGUCAAGAAGUUGGAAGUUGUGGAGAUGAGAAUCAAAAACAAAACUGAACUUCCCUCUGGUGAAUAAACCUUGAUUGAUUAAUACAGUUUAACAUUUAAUAGUGAACAUAAGUAAUGGGGAGGGGAGGGGGGGCUUAACAGAGGAUUUACGGUAACUCAUUCACACCUAAAAUACCUGAAACUGCUUGACAUUAGGCUGAACCACCAUACUAAAUAACUAAUGAAGGAGUGUGUGGUAAAAAGCUUUCAAUAACUUCUGAUAAACUACUUGAUUCUUCGUCCAUAUUUCUUGGUAUUUUCUUGUGAAACAAAAGGAGAAUUUCACAUUACCUCGUGCCUGCUCUUGUGACAGUCAUAAGUUUUAAUGCUCUAAGAUACUUUAACAUACAACUUAUGAAGUACAGAUAAAUCUUUCGAAACAUGCCCAAAUGCAUACUGUAAACCGCCACUUAUAAGCACCCCAGUUAUGAGCCCUCCCCAGUUAUAAGCCCAUCUACCUGUAAACAAAAAAAAUACAUUCAAUAAGCCCCCAUGGAUACAAGUCCCCCUCCAACCCCCUCCUAAUGUAUUGAAAUGAAUUUGAUUUAUUUCGACGUUUAGAAGCUUAAUAGACCCUAUUUACAAUGCCCGCCAUCUUUGCACACACUUUAGGAUCGAUGGGAUAAAAGCUUUGUCAGGUGGUAUUUCAGGGGGGAAACAAGAGAUUAAAUUAGCCAAUAUGGGUAAUUGCGGUCAAGUUUUUUUAUCCUAUCAAAACGAGAUGAUGAUUAAUAGUCAUGCAAAAUUCACAGCUAGAGUUUUGACAAGAUUAAUUUAAGUCAUUAUUCUUUGCUGUGAGGACAUCUACAGUCACUAGUGGAUCCAAAAAAGUGACAACUAUCACUUCCACCCAUACUUUGUCAUUAAGAUGACAAGUUCUUCAUUUUCUGAAUUCUAUCUAAUAAACAAACUCAACUGCGAUUUCUUGUAUUCGCAAAUUUUAUCACUUAUUAUAAGCCCUGAGCUUAUAAGCAUAGUUUACAGUUUACGCUUUGGUAAAGUUCUUUUACUGAGUGCCUUCUCUUUAUUUUUGACAAGGGAGAAGAUUUUGUGGAGUACUUUGUAGCCCUCAGACCUUCCGGGGUAGCAGUUUACAAAAACAAGACUCGUGUUGGAUCUUACCUCUGGUAAUUAUGGGAACUCUUAUCUUAAGUUUCGACAUCUAUUUGAAGUACGUCAUUCACGUAAACCCCGGAAGUUGUUUGGUGUACUUUUUCUUUCUGCAUUUGAGAAACAUUUGCGCAUGUAAAUGUACUUGCUAAAUACGGUACCUGUAUGUACAUCACAAACAAUAAAUAUAUAUUAAUAUUUUUUACGACUUUAAAACCCUUGGCUGAACUAAAUCUAUUUGUGAAGAAAUUUGCAUUCCUCUCCUAAUGUGGUUGCCAAUCAGUGUAAAUGAAUGGCUGCUCUGCAAAAUGGUGCAUGAGAUAUGUUUUGCUUUAAAAUCCAAAAUGCUCCAAAAACAUUCCAGCUCCCCAUGGUCACUGCUUGCAUUACUUAAAUCCCCUUUGUAACCAAAACAGCUAGUCAGCACUACAAUUGAGUUCUUGUACUGCAUUUUAAGUUGACUAGUCUUAUCAUAGUGUAUUUUGAAAACAUAUAUGCCUUAUAGCAUUAUAAACCUAUGAAGCUUUUUAUUUAGAAACAUAAAAUUAUGCUUUUAUUAUAGGAAAUAAUAUUUAAACUGAAGGUGUGGUAAAAACUGAUCAAAAUCUGUUACUUUUAUAGGUCAAAAAUAGAAAAGGUUGAUUUUAAAGGCAAGAAAUUCUACCUGUCAGUAAGAGGAAAAGAGGUGUCAAACUUUUCUUUCUAGUUAAUAUCAUAAUAAUUUACCUUGUGCAUGGAGAGUAUGUGGUGCUGUGGCAAUUAAGGAUAGUUUAUAAAAACAGACUGUGUACAAGUUUGAUUUUGCAAGAUGCCCUUUUUUCAAUGAUGUGUCCUUAAAUUGGGAAGCUCUAACAUUAACUGCCACACUGUUUUUUUAAACUUCGAUGUUUACUGGCUUCCAUGACCUUGAUAACCAGUCUCCUCCACUAUAAUCAUGCAUUAUUCAUAUAUUCCAUAUUCAUCCAUUCAUAAGGACAAGGCAAGAAUCAAGUCUUCUGAGUUUAUCACAUGAUAGACCAAUAUUUACAGUAGGAUUUGGACCAACAAAAUGCAAGUGAAUAGGAUCUUUAUCUGCUCCUUUAUUCUCAGGGCUGCAUUUUGGCUGAAAGUGUGGCAGCCUGUGGCUACUUUUUUUCGCCUUCCAGGGCUGUGCUCUAGAAGACCCUUGUGCCCCUGGUGCCUAACUUUUGCUCCUGGACAACUAGACAAUCUUAGGUUUUUCAUACAAAUCAAUGAUAUGCUGGGCACCUUAGAUUUUACAGGUUCAUAGCACUGCGCUCCCUUCAAUUUUCCUUAGAGCAUAGCCUUGCCUUCGCAUGACAUGGACAUCUUAGGUUUUGCUCUACAACUUAGUGUGUAUUUCAUUGGUUUUGAUCAUUUUGGCUCUCUACAAUUUUUUCUGAGAUACAACCUUGAAUUUCUAGACUGCAUUAAUUAGCAAGUGACCCACUCAUAACAUUGUAACCUAAAUGAUCUGUUUUGCAUUUUCAUAGGAUAAGGAGUAUACCUUUAAAUUCUACCUUCCCGCUAAAACUGCAUGCAAGCAUCUUUGGAAGUGCUGUCUGGAGCACCAUAUAUUCUUCAGGUGAGGAGAUGUAUCCUUCAAGGGAGUAUUAUCUUUUUUUCUUUUUAGGUGAAAGUAAAGGUCCUUAUUUUGGUAACUCGUAACAGUAAUUAAACUGACAAUCCAAAGCCCGACGAUGUGCUCAUUUUACACCUCCCCCCAUCCAUCAAUGCUUUGUUUUAUGGGUAGUUAAAGCUAAUGAAAGCUUCGUGUAAUGAAAGAAGUCGAAACAAGGAUUGUUGAGGUCACACCUGAGAAUCGAACUCGAAAGCUCUAGCACAGAAGACCAUGCACUAACCGUAGUUGCUAAUCCUUGUCGAAGCUCAAGCCAAAAAAAGUAUUAAACAGUAUCUCUAGUGAUUAUGAAUUUAGAAAAGCAAGGUACUAAAAACUGUGAUUUACAUGUAUUGCAGACUAGAUAAAUCAGCUGCUACACCUAAUCGCAAAAACAGUGGCUUAUUUCGCACAAGUUCAUCAUACCGCUACAGGUAGUAUUACAGGGUAAUCUCUCCUGAUUCUUAGAGGAAGUCUAUUUGUAUGGCAGUAAUAAUCACAUUUUAUCUGGAAUACAGUCAAAGCUUUCCUUCUCACCACUCUUGUAAGCAACCAGCUCUAAUUACGACCACGUUUGUGAAAACCCGUUUGAACUGACUUAAACUUUGUAAUGAAAAGCUCUCUGAAGUGACCGCUCCCAUAAGCGCCUGCGACCAUGUUUGGGAUUACCUAACUGGACUUUUCCUUUGUUUUUAAGCUCUCUUAAGCGACUACUCAGAGUCUUAUUCAUAUAAAUCAACACUUGAAUAGCCUGGGUAGCAAGUACCUCCAUGUGGUUUCAGAGCAAUGAAAGACCAAGGAAUGAUGAGAAAUGGGAUUUUUGGUUUUGGCUGUGCAAAAAAUGGAACGGGAGCCAAAUAAUAAAAGAGGGGGAGGGGAAGGAAGGAAACAGCAUUUCCUUCCUUUCUUCCCUACCCUCUUUCCACUCUUUUACUCGCCCUAUUUUUCAUGCGGUCUUUGACUCUCAUUCCUUGUUCUUUGCUCCGACACUGCAAGGAAACACUCGCUAUGCAGGCUAGCACUUAAAAGAAACUGCACACUGCACUAGUGGUUCUAAUACUUUAGAUUUGGGGUUAUUUUGGUGUUAAAAAUUAGACAUAUAGUUCAGCCGUGUCUAUAUCAGGUAUAAAGACACUCAUUAAACAUUUUAAAGAAAUUAAAUUUUGUUUGUUUAUUCUUUAUGAAUUAUUAAUGAGUUCUGGAGCUCUCGCAAGCGAGCACCCUCUAUAGUUUUACCAUGCAGUUGCUUGCAAAGCUCAUUCUUGUAGGCGACCAGCUAUAGUUACGACCUUUUUUUGAAGUUCUGAGGUGGUCGCUCACGAGAGCUUUGACUAUAACACUUGAAAAGAAAGGUAACAUAACAUGUUACGUCAGAAGCAAUUUCUGUUUACAUACAUGUACCUUUUUCAGGUUGAGAGGAAUUAAAAAUAAAGUUAACAUAAAUUUAUAAAUUAAACGAAAAUAGCAUGUUGAGGGAAGUUAUCUUGCCCCAAGGGUAACAAGUUGUUUUAGUCAACAAGCCCUAGCGUAUCAUAUUUGUCAUUUGGUAUUGAAAUAUUAUUGCAAAGUAAAGCCAAAACCAAGGGGCAGUUACUGCAGCUACAUACGAAUAAUACAGUACAAAAACGUUCAUGGAAGUAUUGAUCAAGUUGUAAUAAGGUGACAACAUUUUUGCCAAGUUAGGAUAUCAGAAGACUAUAAAAGUUACCAUGCUGAUAAAAAAUUGCUAGAGAAAGUGUCAAAUUUAUCAAAACUAAGUCUUAUUAAUCAAACUUAUAAAUAUGAGCUUGCAUACCUGAAUAAAAAAUUUACAACACAACAUUUCAGUUUGUUUAUUGUGGACAGUUCAAAACCCUCAAUUCAAAGUUUACAUUCAAUGAUCCUUGUAAACAAAGCACAACAGCACUAUUUCUGAAAGUUCUGUACCUUGACACAACCAUGGGUUUGUAUCAAAACCUUUUUUGAUUGCUAAAACUCUUUGGCAGCUCUUAUCAGCCUUAUUUUUCCUAUUUCAAACUCUGUAGUUUGCAAGACUAAGUCUAACAGAGAGUCUCAGCAACAUUGCAAAAGUAUUGCAACAGAGGGUUUUUUUGAAAGUUUUACACCUCUGGAUAAUAGUGCUAGCAUAAUACUAAUCAUUAAUAUUUUAUAAUAAUAUUUCUACCUUUUUUCUCUGGCAUCUUGAUGAUUAUUUUCCUUUUCUCAAAGCGGUAGAACUCAGAAGGAGGCGUUAGAAGAAGGGAAGAAGAUCCAGAGACCUGACCCAGAAGUGAGAAGGUAAUUGUUUUUAACAAAUGUAUAACAUUUACAGACUGAAGGAAUCUUCUGAAGCAUGCCCCAAACCUGUGAGCAAUUUUGCCAACUCACCCUCAUUUAGUACCAGCAGAGGUUUUUCCUUAAUUAGUUCAGUUUAUUUCUUGUUAAAUACUUAAGAGCACUAAAUUUAGAGUGCCCCACAGGUAAUGAAUUAAUAUUGCUAUAAUAUAAACUUGUGUAUGCAAGAGAAAUAAUCCAUGUACUAUGACCUGCAAAUUUGGAUGAAAGUUUUUUCUUUGACUACCCUUUGGUAUCCCAUUUAAACAAUAGUAAAUAUUGACGUUAUUUGUUGUUCUAACACACAUGCACCAUUUGAAAACAUUAACAUCUUACAUAUAGCUUACAAUGGCAUUUUUUGUGAAAGGUUUGGAGUCAAUGAGUUUAUUAUGAUCUUGACCUCUUUAAACAGAAAAUGUUUAGGCCUCAUUUAACACAUAAUGAUAAUGUGUUUCCUUAGAAAACCCAGUAAGCGGUAUGAAAGAAGAACGUCCAGCGUUCAGUCUGUUGAAAAAGGUGAGCUGUUGUGCGUUAUUGAUAAUAAUAAUCAUAAUGAUGUGAUGUGUGUGUUAACAAUAUAUACCUUGUUAUUCAGUGCAGUAAGUUGAAAGGGGCUAUGUAGGUUGCUGUUUUAGGGCCAUUCUGUGCUUAAGCCCUAAUAUCCACAUGCAAAUUCUUCAAACGGUCUCUAUACAUUUCCAUAAAGAAUAAGAUGAGAAGGCAUCACUUGGUGAUCAGUUUUUUAAUUCUCACAGUCCUUUCUCUUGAUUGUGUAUUGGUAUUGGGGGUGAGAAGGCAUCACUUGGUGAUCAGUUUUUUAAUUCUCAUAAUCCUUUCUCUUGAUUGUGUAUUGGUAUUGUGAGGAGAAAAUUGAUGUUGGUCACUUUUGGGACUCUAAGGGUUAGGUCAUCACUUAGUGCCUUUACCCAUACAGAAAAUGCCUCUGUAGACUGAAGAUAUUGAACAAAUGUUGAUGAAUUUUGCUACCCUGCAAGCAGAGGCUACAUUUUCGCUGUGUGAGCUGUCGUGCGAAAAGUAGCCAGGCUACUUUUCGCACGACAGCUUACAAAGUGAAAAUGUGGCCUCCAUCUGCAGGGCAGAUUUUUGCACGAAAUACCAUUAAAAGUUGGCCUCACCUUUUCAAGUGUCGAUCAGUAUAUCCAUCCUUGCCAUCUGUUGCAAAAGAUGACAGGAAACAGUUACUUUGUCUAAAUAUUGUCUUUACUAACAAAGCUGGACCAUUAUCUUUGGAAUUCAGUUGAUCCAAAGACUAGUUUUAGCUUUUUAAAAAGAUAGCAAAUAGGCUGACGUGGCCCUUGUAAAUGUUUUGAGGGGCUCUAAAUAAAAUAUGUUCUGAUGUUGACUUGUAUAAUUAUAUAAUAGAGAUCACAGCAGGUUUGCUUUUGUUUCAGCUCUUAGUACUGUGACAGUUGGUACAGCCACGAGUGUGUCGCAAGUUCAAAUAAAACGUUUCAGCCAGCAAGAGAAUUCAACAGAAGUCAUAACAGUUCCUGUCAAUGGCAACAAUGGCUCUGUGUAAGUCGUGACACUAUUGCCAUCAUCAUUUGCUUGCAAACAUUCCCCAAAUGUAAAAGGUUUAAACCCAGUAGUCAUUCCAUAACUAGGUUGAGCAUCCUGUCUUGACAGCCCUACUCAGGACUACGUUCACCCGGUAGAUCAUGCUCAACCUGCUUAUAAUUCCCCGAAUCAUAACAUAAUGAGACAGAAUUACCGUCUUUGGUCUAAGGAUUAAGUAAAAAUGACAUUAUACUUGCUGAUGAUUUCAGGACACAGCUCUGUAUACCGAUUAGAAUGAAUGUUAAACUUCAGGGGCAGUUGCAUACUGUGCCUAUUCAAUACAGACAAGGGAGUUAAAAAAACUUUGAACAGAAGUUAUUUUUCAGUAUUACUUGAUACCAUUAUAUGAGGGUCAAUUUAAUAAAACUGUUACAAGUGUAGCCAUUGUUUUAGAGUCUGAAACAAAAGCCACACUUGUAAAUUACUUUUGUUUAAGUUUUAUUAAAUUCAGGUUUUUAAAGAACGUUUUUAGACUAAAGUUUGAGAACAAGCUUAAGUCGCUUUUGGUUUAGGACCAUUUUUAGUGAGCAUGCAAUGAAACGUAAGGUCAAAUCAGAGGCCUUUCACAACUGAAUACAGACCAGAUCUCCGGCUGUUCCCUAGUGAAAGCACUGAUCAUUAGGCUACAGAGUAAGGAAACUUUUCUCAAGAAUGUGUUAGGUGCGACAGGACCGUAGAGAUACAAGAACCAAACGCUACACCCCAGUGUACAGUAAAAUCCUAAUUCACUGAACCCAUGGUUUCUCAAAAAUUCGGGAUAAUUCAAACGAAAAUUGACCUCCCUUUCCCAGUUACCAAUAGCGAGCUUAAGCAAAGACGUUUUUGAGCGACGCUCAUCAAUCGGAAGUGAAUUUUUUUCAUUCUUGGGAAAUGUUUUUGCCAAAAUUUUCGGGCAAAUUGUCUGUAUAAGAGUAAAGAAACAUGGCAAAACAAAUGUGGUAGCGUCAAGGCAUAUUAAACGACAAAAGGUCUUACUUCCGGUUGAGCUACGUCGCUCAAAAACGCCUUUUCUUAAGCUGUCUAAUGUUAUUUUACACCGGGGGUUUAAACUUGUGGAUAAAAAAAAGCCAAUUCUCCUUCCAGAAACUUGGAAAAAUCAGGAUUCAAUUUGAGCUGUGUUCACACUAUACCGGAUAGCCUUUUUGUGCCGACACGAAAAUUUAAAAUACACAUGAGCCUGACACGAAAACUUAUCCGAUACCUGACUCUCCACUUUAGAGAUUGGUGCGUCGCAGCUUGGCUCUUUUACAGAAAACGCGCCGGUAUCACCGUUGUUAUGUUUUGUUUGUUAUUAUCCGGUACGGAUUUCGUACUGGCGCAAAUCUACCCGGUAGAGUGUGAACACAGCCUUAGACUGCUAAGAGUCGACCCGUAGGAUUGUCGUACGCGUGGUGUGAACUUGUUUCGUGUGUGACGAGUGAGGCAAACGUGCAAGGAGGUGGGGGGGGGGGGGGAAAGGUUAGCCUCCCUCGCCCCCUUUUUUCCGCGGCGGGGUUUCUCCGCGGGGGCACACCUCCCCGGGGGGGGGGGAACACGCCUUCGACUGCUUAAGGGCGGCCCGUGGGGGUGUGGGCGGCGGGGGGGGGACGUUUUGGGGGGGGGGAGGGGGGGGGAAAAGGGCAGGGGGGGGGGGGGGGGGGGGGAAACGUUAGCCUCACUCGCUCGCACGUAACAUGCUCGCCUGCACAACAAUCCUGAGAGACAGCUGCAACCCCGGACAAAACCUGUUGAGACAAAUCGCGAAAAUGCCUAUUUUUUCCUGUCAUCCCGGCAAAAACUGAAACCUCCGCCAAGUGAAUGCCCGAUUUCCCCCCUCCCCUUGUCCAAAGUUGUUUAGGAUAGCAUGGUAAUUAUACACGUUGGUUUUUAGACCAAGACAACUUUGAAUAGGGGGUGGGGAGGGGCUUUACUUUUUGUCUUUAGGGGAGACGGGAGGAGGGCGCAAAAGUUAGAAAAUAGAUGGAAUUGUCUCAACAGUUUUGUCCGGGGUUGUAGCAGUCUAGGAUUCAACGGUAUUCUGUGAGAACAUAAGACGACUUGAUGGUUAGGCGUUCAUAUGUAUUAAUUUUGUGUUCCGUUUGUAGAGUUAAAACGGAAGGUGACCCAAGUUCAAAGGACGGUAACACUACUACAGAUGGUCCUGCUCUGCCAUGGGAACAAUCAGCUCAGAUGCAAGGGUAAGGCUGUCGACACCUUUAAAGUUUUGUUUUUUUAUUAUCAUUCGACUUUAGUUCCCCCAACGGUCAGUUUAUUUUAAAUCUUGCCCAGCUCUUUGGUAAAUUGAUUUUGUCUAAUGUAUAUUCCUGUAUUCUAUAAUCCGAAGAGAAGCAAUUUUAUUGUCUGAGAGAGGUGGGUAUUGCGUCUAAUAUGUAGCAUUCUUUUGAAUCAACAGUGGUUUGUACACUCCAGCCCCAGAUUCCCCUCGGUCACUUAAAAGCUCAGGAUCGGGAAGAGCAAAGAGAUCGCCCAAAUUUCCAAGGUAUUGUGCCACUGGCCUUGUAGCAACUGUUAAAGGUCAAGGAGCAGUCUUUUUUCCCGUUUAUUCAAACUUUCUGCAAGAGAGCUUCUUAAGUGCCAAAAAUGGUUGUGUUGGUUCCAGCGUAUAGUUCUUUGACUGGAAAAUGUGUUAAGCUAUUUUGGAUAGAUGGUCUCUUAUGAGGGGUUUGUCCGUAUUAUAUGACUUAGGUCUGCUUUUGUACUAAUAACAGAAGGCAGAAGGAUUGGUUUAUUAUUUCUUCUGCACGAGAUAAUAUAGUGGGAUCUUAGUGGCAGCAUAAAAAUAAUUCUUAUCAAUCGUAACUCGCCCAUUUCAAUGAAAAUGUUAAUUAAAAGUUGCCCGCAUAGCUGGGAGUAUUGGGUUAAUUAUGGUUAAGUGAUUGCAGCAAUAAUAAGCUUGUAAGGGGAAAGUAAUAGCAACUUCAACCUGCCUUGUUAAGAAACGACUUACACUAAUCUUGUCAGCUAUGCAGGGGUACUCAAACAUAAUAUGUUCUCUUUAGACCUCAUCGGCGAUCAGCUGCACAAAGCAGCGGCAGUGAAACGGACACACCUAGAAGAAGGUAGUUAAUAUUCAUGUAAGCUUCAUUGAGUUUGCACCUAUGUUAUUUUCACUUAUUUUUGUUUGGAUGAAAAUUACUGCAAACAGCUUAAGAGCACUGAUACCGAGUCAAUUUCGUUCGGUUGAUUGUUUGUGAUUACUUUAUAGUAGAUGUAUUGGAUUUACCGUAUGUUUCGUCUUUCCCUACCUGCGGCGUAUGAUAUGAGCCGGAAUCAAUAGAGAGAUUUAGAGUCACGCUUACGGCAAACGGCAGAUUCGAGUUGAGAAUUUCUCAAAUUAGAAAAUAAGCAGAUAUAAACGGCUCAAAACGAUUCUUAUAGGCAAAACGAAUGAGAAACUACUAUUUUGGGGGGGAUUAAUGAACAGUUUGCUUUAGACGUGACUCUAAAUCUCUCAGGUGGCAAAUCCCUUCAAAAAAAAUCGCUCAAAAUAGAACUUCUGUGGCAAAAGGACGACAAUACACUGUAGACAGGACCAGCUACUUGGGUUUGAGAGAGGUUUGGAUUAGGGAGAAAUGCCAUCACAAGGAAAAAGCACAAGACUUAACUGAGGUAUAGGUACCUUGCCUUGUCUAAUGCUUAGCUUGUUCAUAGACGUUUUUCUUUCUUUUUUUUCUUCGAUUAUUUGGUGAGCGCGUGAGCGAAGCGAGCGUGCGACAGCGAGCGCGUAAGAAAAGCAAAGGAUAUUUUUUCCUUUCCCCACCCCCACCCCUUGCGCUGGCGGUCUAUAAAUCCCUGGCGGUUUUUUAAUUUUCUACGCGGUCGCGCGCUCGACGAUCUUUAAAGAGAAACCAGAGAGUCUGUGAAUAGGCUAUCUAAUGCUAGCCAUGGCACUGUGUUCACGCUGUAUAUGAGUUCAUAUACAGGACCAGCCAUAUCUUACAGCCAGACAAUUUGACGUUUCUUGCAGGAGUAGGAGAGCUUAUUCUUCAGAUGAUGAUACAGGCAGAAGGAGAAGGAAAAGGUAAGGACAAUUAACUUGUCUUUUAAUACUAAAUAAAAACAGUCGAACCCUUAAACUCGCAAUAGUGCCUUGAUUCAACAUAAGUUUUCAGUAAGAAAUCCUCACGCAUUUAAUAUACCGGGAGGGGGGUGGGGACUUCCUUAUAGGAGGCUAAUGAGGAUAUUCCACUAGAUGGGGUCGCAUUUUCACGACUGGAAUGACUAUGAUGGGGUUACAUUUUCAAUAGAGUUAACAGAAUGGGGUCGCACAUUUUCGGAUUUUUGGGGUGAGAAAGUUCUUCACAAUUACGGUUAGCAAACGUACCAGAAUGUUUGUACUGUAGACCGGGUGAAAAGUAAAGUGUUCUUCAUUCAAUUUAAAACAAAUUUGGGUCAAUUAAUUUUAGGAUGACCUAUUUAAAGUAUUGACAAGGUAGAUACAUAAAUAUAAAGUUACUACUUUGGGAUCGCGAAAAUUACAUUUGCGCAAAAUUGACCAAGAUGGCGUCUAUAAUUAGCCAAAAAAAUAGACUAUAAUGGAGUAGUGGCCCUGAGAGACCAACUGCACAUACCCAGCAAAAAUUAACCCAAGUACCCCCCCCCCCCCGGGUAAUAUACAACUUUUAAUAAAACCUACUCCAAGUACCGCCGAAAAGACUUUAUUUCAAUGAUUUCAUCAUUGGAUUUAAACCACGGACUUAGCCUCCGGGCAAAUCCCGAGGGGGAAGGGUUUGGUGGUUUGAGGGGCCCCUUUCAUUUUCUGCACAUACCCAGCAAAAAUUAACCCAAGUACCCCCCCCCCGGGUAAUAUACAACUUUUAAUGAUACCUACUACAAGUACAGCCGAAAAGACUUUAUUUCAAUGAUCUCAUCAUAGGAUUUAAACCACGGACUUAGCCUGCGUGCAAGUCCUGAAGGGGAAGGGUUAGAUGCGUUGAGUGGCCUCAUUCAUUUAUGACUUGUUUCAUAGGCUUCAUUGUUUUAUUGGUGUCGCCAUUGGAAUUAUAGGUUACAUCUUUGAUUUAGGUGUUGCUUUUCUUCACCAGUGUAUAGGAGACUGAAGCAACAUUCGGGGUGUUGAGAUUUUUUUUCUUCUCAUAAUGGUUACCUUCAUUUACAGUCAAACCCCGCUAAUACGGAUACUGAGGGGGCCAUAAAGUGUCCGUAUUAACCAUGUGUCAGUAUUAAGCGAGUUGAAUUUAAAGAAAAAUGUAAGGACUUUCCUUCCCCAGAGACAAAGCAAACUGUCUGUAAUCAUGAUGGGUAUAAUCUGGGUGUCCGUAAAAGCGCGGUUUGACUGUAGUAAGUUUUCCCAGGGCUAUUUUGUGGUGUCAAGAGAGGAUAAAGCUUCUCCUCUCUUGGUGGUGUAAAUUGAUUGUUUUAGAGCGAUUUUCGUAUGGCCUUGAAAAAUGGUUUCGGUAAUAAUCGUUAUUUGUUUUAUCAGCUAAUGAAUGAAAAGAUCAAAACAUGGCCUCUUCGUUUUCCCGCCAAAGAAGAUCCCAAUAUGGAGAAGGCAUUGUUCGAUUGGCCAGUCGUGUUGCAAUAUGACGUCAAAGCGAAGUAUCGAUUGAUUUCUAGAAAGUUCUCUGACAUAAAGUUUUUUCCCCCGGGCGUUUGCUUAACCAACCAAAAGCCGCGCGCGUUUGUAUCCGUUCGAUAAACCAAUCAAAUCGCUUUGUUUCCGUUCGUUUGUUGUUUCAGUUUUGUUUGCGCGUUUUCAUUUCAAGGUCAUACGAAAAUCCUUCUAUCGUUCGUUUUGUAGAUGUCGUCAUCAUCACCGGGGUCACCAUUCUGCUGAGUCUGGAAGCGAUCGUGACUCGUCCUACAGCAGAGAAGAACGCAGGCAUCACAGGUCAGCGGCUGUCAUUUGUGAAAAUGAACCCUAUUGUUUUUCAAAUCGGUCACUUCUAAACUAGUUCGCGAAAAUGAUGGUCGUAUUAAGACAAAAGAUAAUCCGAAUAAAUUUAAUUUCAUGGUGAAAUACACCGACAGAUCGGAUUACAAGUCCUGGCUACAUCUCGCCGGUUUUAUUUCUACCUGGAUUUGUUAAAACCCGGUUAGCAAACAUUUUGUAAUUUAUCUCAACUUCCUCUUUCUUGGCUUGUUUAUAUUGUGUUGUUUGUUUUAUGCUGCACCUUUUCUUGAUUGUAUCGUGGUUAGGGAUUUGUGUAGAAGUGGCUGCAGACAGGAAAUCCGGUACCCGGUAUUCCCCGGGAUUCGGGAUUCGGGAUUCGGGAUUCGGGAUUUGACCAAAAUACAGUGGGGGAUUCGGGAAACGUUAACGGGAUUUGACUGCAACCGGAAGCGGCAUUCGCCAAUGCGAAAUCAAGACCCCGCUUCCAGACCUUUGGUAGACUGUAUGAUGACCGGUAGCUCAUGUAGCAAUGUAUUGGUUUUACUUCUUCUUUUAAUAGAUCUUCAAGAGAACAUGUUGAUUUCAGUAAGAUGUCAGACUCGGCUCCAUAUCAUUGGAGCGACAGUGGUGGCAGAAGAGACAGGGGGAGUGGCUCCGAGGACAGGUAAAAUGGCGCAAACUUAUGGUAUCUGGUAUUAGCAUCUGGUAUCUGGUGCUUAAAAUUAUGACCUAAUCGAUUUUAUCCAAUUAAGGUGGGUGGGGGAAUCUACAUUGACUAGUAGAUAUAGUGACUGUAUUUUUAUUCUGUUUUAGAUCACAUCAUCAUCAUCAUCGCCACAGGCACCGUGAGGGCGACGCAAGAAGCGACGGUUCAGCAUCAAGACAUCGUCACAGUAAAACUGUCAGCGAUGCGGAUCCCGACUCGUAAGUACAACCGUUGUAUCAUUUUUCCGAGAUCAACAGGGUAGAGUGUUUUCAAGUGACCUCACAGCGACCAUAUUGGUAUUCCAAAACAAUAAAACGGCGGCCAUUUUGGUGUUCCAAAACGAUCCCGUGAGGGUCGAACUCUUUUCUUAUGUAAACGCUUUCUUUUGUUCCAAUAAAUUUGCAUAGAUCCCGACCAUGUGAGUGAAAACGCUCUAAUCACUCUUGCCUUUAAAACAAAUAAGAAUAAUGCCUUGUCUGCGUUACGUUGUCAUUGAAAUAAAGGGUGAAUUGUCAUGUUUUUGAACCUGCAGAAAGAGUUUUGAGCAAUUGAUUGUUUUUCUUAGACCCUGUUUACAUGGAGUGGGGGACCCCGGUCUAGUUGGGUAGGUUUCUUUUGUUUUGUGUCCCCCAGAGCGUGAAAACAAAAGAAACCAACCCCACUAGACCGGGGUCCCCCACUCCAUGUAAACAGGCCCUAAAAGGAAGUAGGAUUUUGAAAUAAGAACGAGGUGUUGCAAUAUUUGGCUCGGAGCAUCAGCUCCUUGUAUACAUACACCUGUUUCAGUAAAGGUUGCUUUGGGAAUGGUGCUUUGGUCUUUGAAAGGCAUUGUUUAGUGGUCACUCAAGCAAAUUAUUCUGUUUUUCAUUGUAUUCUGUGUUUCGAUGACCAAAUCCCAAAGCAACCUUUAUUGAAAUAGAUGUGUACUAACAAAUUCCCGUUAAAAUAUCAAUGUCAUCCUAUUUUCAUGCUUGAACAUGGUAGUGUUGUUUGUUUCUCUUUCCGCCCUAGGAUGAUUUAUAUUUAUUUAACAGAAAGAAAAUUACUGCUCAGCAAAAAAUUACAUUAAAAAAUCUAGAAAAACGGGAAAAAAUUAUAGGUUUCCAUACUUAUUUACGAAAAAAUGACCAUUUACCACUAUGACGAACUCCUCCUUAAAAGAAAGAAGUCUACAUUUUUAAUGUGUGCGCUAAACGUGCAUAAAAUUGUACGCAGUAAGGAUGCGUAGUUCAAUCUGUUUGGUCUAUUGUAGGGAGAUGGUGCCAGCUCUGGAUGUGAUUCACUCGCGCGUGGCUGUUGCCAGGGUAAAAGACGGAAGCGCGGGAAGACACCGCCACCACCGCCAUCACCGUCACAGUUACCUUAGCAACCAAUCCAGCGAAUCAGGAUACUCAGCCAUGUCUGCUCCAGCUCCGAAGAGCUCCCAGGUGCUGUUGGAAUUAGGCCCUGAGACAGCGCCCCUACCGAAACAAGGACCAGGUAGUGUGACGUGCAGUUGCAGUUAAUGGACAGAUAGAAAGUGAUCCAAUAAACUGUUAAUUUGACAGAACAAAACAGAACACCCACUUAGAGAUAUAGAAUGCAAGGGCGGAAGAUUUCAUUGUUCAUUUAUUAUCUACAGUGAUUUUCUUCAGUCAUUAUCUUGGCCCUGGAGAUGAGUUUACAGUUUAAAUUAUUUCGAACAAGUCCUCGAUGCCAUCAGAAAACGAUACCCUGUUCAGUGGCACAAGGGAGUGGGAGGGAGGGAGGGAGUGUCUCCCGUCCCCCCCGAUCUCCCAACCCCCUCCCCCCGUAACAGUAUUACAAACACUUGUCUUCAUAGUGUACCUUGGAAGUGAAGUGUGUAUUUGAUUGUUCUAGGUUCCAAACAAACAGGACAUGUUAUGAAUACAAGCAACAGUCACUCUUCACCAACAAGACCCCCUCUGGGGUAUGAACAGCAGGGUCUGUUUUCAAGCCGACUGGGGUCUUCACCUAGAGAGGGGAGUCCUGAUAAAACAGGACAGUACCUUAAGCUGGAAUACCCCAAUGGAGUCAUAAUACAUGACACCAGAAACCAAGGACGCAUUCCAAGGUAAGGCUAUAAGUAGACUACGAGUUCUCCCCAUUUUUCCUCAGGGAUAAUAGAGCGAGCGAAUCGCGAGCGCGCGUGAAAAUCAUCCCACGCGAGAAAAGGCGACACGCGUGUGAGGAAAAAUGGGGACUACUUGCAGUCUAGGCUAUAAGGACAAGGACGUAGACUACUCUCAUAUUCUCUAUUCUCAAUAGUGAAAUGAGGCUAAAUGUAACUUAGGUAAAAUAAAAUUGCAAGCCAGUGCGGUCAACGGUCUCCUCCUCAAGCGUAAGUGAAAUGAGGGGUGACCGCAGGGGCCUUUGAUCGUCUUGUGACUUACGUUGUAUCUCAUGCUGGCAUUUUGAGCUCCAUCUUUGCGGAUUCUGGCUUUGGAUGGACGAUAUGCAUAGCACUCGAAACACUCAUAACAGCCAAGAUGCUGCCUCUUUCGCGGCCAGCGCAACGGCUAGUUCGCCUGCAUCGGCGAGUUUGACGCUUCCUGCUGUAGUGAACCAGUAGUAAGGUGGGAAUAGCUUGCAGUCGAGGCAAAUGCCUCCGAUUCAAAUGAACAAAUCAGAUCUCAAAGCAAGUGCGCACAGCUGAUACCAAUUCGCCACUUAAGAAACGAGAAUGGGACUGAAUCACAGAAGAAGUCCUACCUGAAUUAUUUCUGGGAUCGGGUGUCUUGCCGGUCAGCUAUUGGCCGAUUUUUUUUUUCCUGUUCCUUGUAACAGUCCAAGUCACGGCGGCCAUAUUAGUGUUCCAGAACAAUGAAACGGCGGCCAUGUUGGUGUUCCAAACCAAUCUUGUGGGAGUUAAACUCUUUCCUUACGUAAAAGCUUUCUUUUGUUCCAAAACAUUUGCAGAGAUGCUAGCCACGUGAGUGAAAAGGCUCUACGGCAGCAAUGCGAGAUUAAAUUAAUAGUUUAUGUUAUUUUAUGUUAUAUUUCUCCAAUGAAAUACUUUGUCUUUAAGAGGAAAAGUGUUAAGCUCUGGUUAAACCACAACAUUCGUUUGUUCCAGCCAUGUCAUGUACCAAGCGGCCUUGGAGCUGAAUGGUACAACUCGACAUUAUAAUUCACCAGGAAGAAACACGACUACAGAUUACAUUGAAGUGGUGAGUCGUUUUUAAAAGUCAAACACUUCUUACUUUGUAGUUCUUUUAAGUUCUUAGAGUGAGCAACAUCAGUUUUUUUUUCCUAACAAUACCAAUACCUGAUUAAGAGCAAAGGUUAUGAGUGACCUAAAAGAGGAUUACCGAAGAGAACAGCUUACUAGGUAAAUGGUGCGGUUGAUUUAUGGUGGAUCCUAUAUCUAUGAAAGGCUUAUUAUGCGUUACAGCUACUGGCAUUGGUUUCCAUAAAUAGACGGACGUAAAACUUCCUUUGCAUUACAUUUUAGGUUUCAGGUCCGACAAGGAAGGGAGACCCUCCUCCUUACUACUAUUCUAGCCCACAAGCGAUAAGUCCAGCAAGUAAAUCGACGGUUCUUUAG